AAAGUUUGGUACCGAAGUUUUCGCGUUUUGCAGAAGAGACGACCAUGGCUUCCCUUCCUUCGAGUGUAGUUAAUCGAAUUCAAAUUCAAAUGCGCUGCCUAAUGUUUAAUAUUUUGCUAGCUUGUAUUCCAAGUUUUUAUAAUUUAGAAAAAGAAACAAUUAAAUGCUGAAACAUCGUUGAAACUUAAAAGACUUAAAAAGUAGGAUUGGUCAGUGAUUUUCUGCCGAACAUUGCCGCUUCAAAAUUCAUUCUGAGAUUAUCGUUUCGUUGAAUCAUCAAUAACCAAUUUCGGCAUUUGGAAUUCAGCAAUAAUCGGAUUCGAAUUCUGUGUAAGAACCAGCAACGCAAUUUCGGUUUCCUUCACCGAUUCGCGAUGGCAUAACUGAAUCCCCGAAUCGGCGGUUGCGAUCCUCAGAAAAAUGUCUUGGGGAUUGGGAUGGAAGAGGCCGUCGGAGAUUUUCCGCCUCACUCUCAACUAUGGCAACGACGAUCUGACGGAAAAUCUCGGCCGCGACUCGAGCACGUACCAUUCGGCCUCGUCUUCGACCUCUUCGUCAUUCUCCUCUUCCCCUACCGCCUUGAAGGAUCAGGAGCUAGGGUUCCGCAUUGAAUUAGAUUGGUCGGCAACGGAGGAUGAGGAGCAGGCUGCGCUGAAGCUUCAGUCGCAGCUCAUGGUGGCUCUGCCGAUGACGCAGGACACCGUGGUGGUGGAACUGAGGCCUCGGGAUCCGGAAGAUGAUGCAUAUAAUACGGUGAAUUUGGAUAUGAAGGUUGUGAAGAAGAGAGAUCCUCUCAGGGCGGUCACGAUGAUCAAGGCUGUUGGCUCCGGCCAGCAGAGCGAUGGCACCGGUGUUUUGAUUCGAUUGUUUCGCUCUGAUUUGUCGUCUCCUGCAGCGUCCCCGCUUCCACCGCGAGUUGCUGAUUACGGCGACCAUUGGAAGAGUUUUUCGGUGCUUACAAUUUCCGGCUGUGGCUUGUCAAUAUUUCCAGUAGAGCUUACUCGGUUACCAAAUUUGGAGAAACUUUAUCUUGAUAACAACAAGCUAACUGUCUUGCCACCUGAGCUUGGGGAGCUUAGACGCUUAAAAGUGCUAUCCGCUGACAACAACAUGCUUGUCUCGGUGCCUGUGGAACUGAGACAGUGUGUGCAGUUGGUUGAAUUGUCACUGGAAUACAACAAGCUUGUUCGGCCUCUUCUUGAUUUCAGGGCUAUGGCCGAGUUACGGGUUCUAAGGCUAUUUGGAAAUCCUCUUGAGUUUCUUCCAGAAAUUUUGCCACUCAGAAAACUUAGGCACCUUACUCUUGCAAACAUUAGGGUUGUAGCAGAUGAAAAAUUGAGAUCAGUGAAUGUGGAAAUAGAGAUGGAAAACAGUUCUUAUUUUGUAGCAUCCAGGCAUAAGCUCAGUGCCGCAUUCUCUCUUAUAUUCCGUUUUUCUUCAUGUCAUCACCCUUUACUGGCAUCAGCACUAGGAAAGAUAAUGCAAGAUGAAGGAAAUAGAGUUUUUGUUGGUAAAGAUGAGAAUGCAGUGCGGCAGCUUAUAAGUAUGAUAACUAGUGACAACUGUCAUGUGGUUGGACAAGCAUGCUCUGCUCUUUCAGCCCUUGCCUCUGAUGAUUCUGUUGCAUUGCAGCUGAUGAGAGCGGACAUCAUGAGACCAAUUGGAACAGUUCUGAAAUCUGCUUGCCGGGAAGACUUGAUAUCUGUAUUGCAAGUUGUGGUCAAGUUGGCUUUCACAUCUAAUACUGUGGCUGAGAAGAUGUUGACCAAAGAUGUUUUGAAAUCUUUGAAAAUUUUAUGCGCCCAUAAAGAUCCAGAGGUACAAAAGCUAGCUCUUUUAGCUGUUGGGAAUUUGGCCUUCAGUCUGGAAAAUCGUCAAAUACUUGUUACUUCUGAAAGUUUACGAGAGCUUCUGUUACGCCUGGCUGUUGUAACUGAACCGCGUGUUUAUAAAGCUGCAGCUCGUGCUUUGGCAAUUCUUGGAGAGAAUGAAAAUCUAAGGCGUGCUAUAAGAGGGAGAAAAGUGGCAAAGCAAGGCCUUCGCAUACUCUCAAUGGAUGGAGGUGGAAUGAAAGGUCUAGCAACUGUAAAAAUGUUAAAGGAAAUUGAGAAGGGUACCGGAAAACGAAUACAUGAGUUGUUUGAUUUAAUAUGUGGCACAUCCACAGGUGGUAUGCUCGCUGUUGCCCUUGGGAUUAAGUUAAUGACUUUGGAAGAAUGUGAAGAUAUAUACAAAAAUCUAGGGAAGCUUGUUUUUGCUGAGCCUUCUCCCAAGGAGAAUGAAUCAGCAACUUGGAGGGAAAAGUUAGAUCAACUCUAUAAGAGUUCAUCACAGAGUUUUAGAGUUGUUGUUCAUGGAUCAAAACACGGUGCAGAUCUGUAUGAGAGCUUAUUGAAGGAAAUGUGCGCUGAUGAGGAUGGUGAUCUAUUGAUAGAUUCUGCUGUGAAAAAUGUGCCCAAAGUUUUUGUUGUGUCAACCUUGGUGAGCAUGAUGCCUGCACAGCCCUUCAUAUUUCGCAACUAUCAGUACCCUACUGGUACACCGGAGGUGACUCUUGCAACGUCAGAAAGCUCUGGGGUCGUAUUAGUGUCACCUACAGAUGCACAAGUUGGCUAUACUUAUAAGCGCAGUGCAUUCAUUGGAAGUUGUAAGCAUCAAAUAUGGAAGGCUAUCAGAGCUUCAUCAGCUGCUCCUUAUUAUCUUGAUGAUUUCUCAGAUGAUGUAAACCGCUGGCAAGAUGGGGCAAUAGUAGCAAACAAUCCAACAAUUUUUGCCAUAAGAGAAGCACAACUUCUGUGGCCCGACACAAAAAUUGACUGUCUGGUUUCUGUAGGGUGUGGUGAUGUUCCACCAAGGAUGCGAAAAGGUGGUUGGCGGUAUCUGGACACUGGACAGGUGUUGAUAGAGAGUUCAUGCUCUGUUGACCGGGUGGAGGAAGCUUUAAGUACAUUGCUACCUAUGCUUCCUGAGAUACAGUAUUUUCGUUUCAAUCCAGUUGAUGAACGUUGUGAUAUGGAACUUGAUGCAACAGAUCCAACUAUCUGGCUGAAGUUGGAAUCUUGCGUUGAAGAAUACAUAGAAAAGAAUCAUCAGGCAUUUGGAAAUGCCUGCGAGAGAUUGCUUCUUCCUUCUCAGCAUGACCGGAAGUGGUUAGAAAAUUUGAGAUCCAAAUCAUCCCUGAUAAAUGAGUCUAAUGAGGGUAACAGUAGUCCCACUUUAGGGUGGAGGCGUAAUGUACUACUUGUUGAAGCUUCACACAGUCCAGAUUCCGGAAGUGUGAUUAACCAUGCCCGGGUGCUAGAGUCAUUUUGUGCUCGUAACGGAAUAAGAUUUUCCCUUAUGCGCGGUUUGUCUGAGACUCUAAAGAAAGUGCCAUCGCCAACAAAUCUAUCUCCAUAUGCAUCUCCUGUUUUCCCUUCUAGCCCACGUCGGUAUAGUCCUGAUUCUCAGAGGAUUGGACGGAUUGAUCCGGUCCCCGCUUUAAGUUUAGACAGUCAAUUAGGAAAACCAACUACAUCACCUCCAGUUUCUCCUCGAGGACUUAAACUGCUAUCUUCACCUGUCAGACAAUUGCAUGACAAAUUGCAAAAUACACCACAAGUGGGUGUUGUACAUUUGGCUCUUCAGAGUAACUCAGAUGGCUUGAUAAUGAGCUGGCACAAUGAUGUAUUUGUGGUUGCUGAACCUGGAGAGCUUGCUACGAAGUUUGUAGAAAGUGUUAAACUCAGUUUGUUGUCAACAAUGAGAAAUCACCGCAGAAAGGGAGCAGCUCUCCUGGCCAAUAUAUCCACUGUUUCUGAUCUUGUUGCCUUCAAGUCUUAUUUCCACAUAGGUGGCAUUGUCCACCGCUAUCUAGGCUGUCAAACCAUAGUUGUGGAAGAUGAUCGAGAAAUUAGUUCAUAUAUGUUUCGUAGGACUGUACCGUCUAUGCAACUAUCACCGAACGACGUAAGAUGGAUGAUUGGAGCUUGGAGAGACAGAAUCAUAAUAUGCACAGGGACAUAUGGACCUACUCCUGCUCUUGUUAAGGCCUUUAUGGAUGGCGGUGCCAAAGCUGUUGUAUGUCCUUCAAAUGAACCCCCACUGUCUCAGGUGACCUUUGAUGAUAACGGAGAGUUGAAUGUGAUGGAAAAUGGAAGGUUUGAACUUGGAGAGGAUGAAGCGGAUGAUGAUGUCACACCCGCCAGUCCAGAAAGUGACUGGGAAGAUAGUGACGUGGAGAAAAACGGGACCAAGAUCUCAUCAUUAUUUGACAAUGAUGAAGAGGAACUGUCACAAUUUAUCUGUGAGUUGUAUAAAUCAUUGUUCAGGGAGGGUGCUAGUGUCCUUGUUGCUUUCCAAGAAGCUCUGGCCUCGCAUCGAAGAUUGGGGUAUGCGUGCCAUCUCCCCAGUAUAGAUUAAUUUGUUUAAUUAUUUUUAAUAAAACUAAUUAUAAUGAUAAUAAGAUAUUAGCAUGACAUGAACGGUUAUAAUAAAUACAAACACAGAGGAUAUAUACAUCAACACAUGUACAGAGGAUGCGAAGCAUCUGUGAAGUUGGAGAUAUGCUCCUGUAGAAUUACAUUCUACAUUCAAUUUUGACGCUGGUUAAGAUGUUCUUAGAUGCAAUUGUUCAAAUACUCCUGGUAAAGCUUUGCUAGCCAGAUCGUCUGUAAUUAAAGUACUCUUAUAAAUACUGGCUAAACUUUUUACA